AACGAUUGAAAUUGACGACAUAAGAAAUUAAGAACCCACGAGCACCAAGUCUUGGAGUAAACAACAACUGGGUUCUGAGCCACAGUCUUCUUAAUGCUCUCCUCGAGUCUGGACCCGAACGAAGAAGCCAUAGCCCGAAUCGAAAUGGGUCUGUUGUGCCUCCUUCCGCCAUUGAUUCGCAAGCUUGUGCAGGAUGCUGUUGAAGCGCGGCAGCCAGGAACACACACAGAAUUGAUACGUGGAAGCUGUGAGAAAGAAGGAGACAAAGAGCGAUGACGAUUUAGAGGGGUCAAAUUGGAAACUUGGGAUGCCACUGCCAUUGGUUUUGCUUGCUGUUAAUGUUUGUAAAAGAUGUCUGUACAGCCCUUUCUCCUUUUGCAAAAGCUCGAACUUUCUGGUUCUGCAGGCUCCUGUUUCGGGAUUCUGUUAAUGUAUGUGGGCUGCUUUCAUUGCUGGAUUCAGGUUUUGGUGUUCUAAUUUUCUUUCAUGAUAAAAACGUGUCCCAAGU